GGGGUCACGUGUCUUUGUUUGGAGCAGGAAACUGUCGGUUACGUCUUGGACGGAACAUCUGCUGGGACACUUUCACACUCAUUCACUCAUGUGGAUUCGACUCUAAUCUGUCUGCCGUGACUGUGGGAAAAGACGCUUCUCUAGUGGAAACAAAAUGUGAUGAUCAAUAUGCGUAGAGGCGGAAUAAACAAAUCCGACACGCAUCCAGCUGCUGUUAGCCUGCUAGGUAGCUAGCUACCGUGGCUCGGGCGCCUGUGGGAGACGAGCUAACCGGGGCUAGCCUGUCGCUGUCCGGCUAGCUACAGUACACCUCCAGGACGUGGAAGUUGGUCAUUACCCGCACCUGGCUCUUUAGCCAGCCGGUUACUUAUUUUCACACAACCUAAAGGGGCAAAAUGGAGCUAUUCCAAGCCAAAGACGACUACAUUCUCCAGAGCGGGGACCGAGCUCUGUGGUGCAGCCGAAAAGACGGGACCAUGACGGUCAGACCGGCCACAGAUCUGUUGUUGGCAUGGAACCCUGUGUGUCUGGGUCUGGUGGAAGGUGUUAUAGGGAAGAUACAGCUCCACACAGAUCUUCCUCUUGGCCUUGUAUUAAUCCGGCAGAAAGCACUGGUAGGCCACUUACCCGGAAACCACAAAGUCUACAAAAUCACAAAGAUCGCCGUCAUUCCACUGUCUGACGAAGAGCCUCAGGAGCUGGAGCUGGAGGGGAGCUUCAUGGAUGGUGAGACAGAAUAUUUUCAACUUUGCAAGAAACAUCACUUUGGAAUCGACAAACCGGAGAAACUAGCCCAGUCUCCUGAUGAGUCCAAAUUCUUGAUGAAAACUUUAAGCCAGAUCAAAUCUAACGUUGGUGGGCCGAUCAAGAAGAAGUAUUCCCCUGCCUUCCAGGUCAAAGAAAACAAGGAGAAGGAGCGUCUGGAGAGGCGGCUUCUUGAUGAACUCUACAAGAUAUUCAUGGACUCAGACUCCUUCUACUACAGCAUGACCUACGACCUGACCAACAGUGUGCAGCGUCAGGGGGACUCGGACAAGUCCAGCCUACCCCUGUGGAAACAGGUGGAUGACCGAUUCUUCUGGAACAAACACAUGAUUCAGGACCUAAUUGACCUUCAGGUCCCAGACGUGGACUUCUGGGUGAUUCCGAUCAUCCAGGGUUUUGUACAAGUGGAGGAACUGGUGGUGAACUAUAACGAGACAUCUGACGAGGAGCGGAGCAGCCCGGAGACGCCGCCACAAGAAGUCGUAUGUGUCGAUGAUAUUCAUCCCCGGUUCACUGUGGCCCUGAUCUCCAGACGGAGCCGCCACCGUGCAGGGAUGCGGUACAAACGCAGAGGAGUGGAUACAGAUGGCCAUGUGGCGAACUACGUAGAGACGGAGCAGCUGAUCCACGUUCACAGCCACACACUGUCCUUCGUGCAGACUCGUGGCUCGGUUCCUGUGUUCUGGAGCCAGGCCGGGUACCGUUACAAUCCCCGGCCACGCAUAGAGAAAGGGGAGAAAGAGACCAUGUCUUACUUUGCUGCACACUUUGAAGAACAACUAAAACUCUACACAAAACAGGUCAUUAUUAACUUAGUCGAUCAGGGUGGACGGGAGAAGAUGAUAGGCGACGCAUAUCUGAAGCAAGUGUUACUCUACAACAACCCAAACCUCACAUAUGUGUCAUUUGACUUCCACGAGCACUGCCGAGGUAUGAAGUUUGAGAACGUCCAAAUACUGACAGAUGCGAUUUCUGAUAUCAUCACUGACAUGAAAUGGGCCUGGGUGGACCAGGCUGGAGUCAUCUGCAAACAGGAGGGAAUCUUCAGAGUCAACUGUAUGGAUUGUCUUGACAGGACCAACGUGGUUCAGGCUGCUGUUGCUCGUGUGGUGAUGGAACAACAGCUGAAGAAGCUGGGUGUGAUGCCUCCAGAGCAGCCUCUGCCUCUUAAAUGUUACAGGAUUUAUCAGAUCAUGUGGGCGAACAACGGAGACACCAUUAGCAGACAAUACGCCGGCACAGCAGCGCUCAAGGGAGACUUCACCAGGACGGGGGAGAGGAAACUGGCAGGUGUCAUGAAGGACGGGGUGAACUCUGCCAACCGCUACUACCUGAACCGCUUUAGAGACGCUUACAGACAAGCAGUCAUUGACCUCAUGAUGGGUUUGCCAGUGACCGAGGACCUUUACUCCAUCUUCAGUAAAGAGAAGGAACAUGAGGAGAAAGAGAAGGAGAGUCAGAGAGGAGCUCAGGAGCAGGUCAGCCUCCUGCUGCAGACGUACAUGCAGCUUCUACUGCCAGAAGAUGAGAAGUUCCACGGAGGCUGGGCGCUCAUCAACUGUGACAUGAGUCUCAUCGACGCAAACAACAAAGACGUGGACGUGUUGCUGCUUCUGUCUGACAAGGCUUAUUACAUCGCUUACUAUGAUGAAGAAGCGGACAAGGUCAACCAGUACCAACGCCUGAACCUGGAGGGUUUGGAGAAGAUUGAGAUCGGUCCGGAGCCGACUCUGUUCGGGAGGCCCAAGUACUGCUGUAUGCGGCUGCAUUACAGGAACGAAGACACCAGUGGGUAUUUCCACACCCUGAGAGCAGCCACCCGGAACCCAGAGGAUGAUGGGAAAGAUACGUUACAGUGCAUCGCAGAGAUGCUUCGGAUCACGAAACAGGCCACAGGGAUGGACCUGCUGGUGGUGGAGAAGAAACUGGAGAGGCGGCAGAGUAAACCUCAUGAGGAUAUAAUGGGGAUCCAGAACAAACCAGCAGACCAGGUCCAGGGUAGUUCUGGUCUGGCACAAGGUAAAAGCUUCCUUCUCAACAAAUUCUCCUCCCUCAACCAGAAGGUGAAACAAACCAAGACAAACGUCAACAUCGGGCCUUUCGGGAAACUCGGCAACUUCUCCAAGCCCGAUGUGAAAGUGAAUUUUCUGAAACCGACUAUGCACGUCAACCUGUGGAAGUCCGACAGCAGCCUGGAGACGUCGGAUGGAAACCCCGGCGCCGGAGGGCUCAAAGACAUGGGAGACGAGCACUCUGGAAUCUCCUCUGACUCUGACUCUUAUAAUUCUGACCCCGAACACCCCUGCUCCGGGUCCUUGGAAAACGUGGACUAUGUACUGCCCAGCUGUGGGAUCGUAGCAUCAAACCCUCGCCUGGGAAGCCGCUCCCAGUCCAUCGGCAGCGUGGAGCUAAACAUCCCGUCCGUCAUCCGGGUCACAGGCUGCGACGGGAAGCAGGAGAUCUGCUCCCAAGAAAACGACGACAAAUCCCCCGGGGCCGCCUCCGUGGCUGAAGAGGCCAUUCUGAUUGACUUUGGUACACCCAUCGACGCUUACUGCCACCAGUUUGUCCAGGACGCACAAACUCACCCGGUCGAGGUGUUUGGAGAGCGACCGCCGGCCGCCGUACCCCCGCCCAACCCCACGGUACCGGCGCCGAACAAGACCCUGGCAGACUCUGACAAACACCCAGGCUCCCAGCCCCAGCAUCUGCAGGAGGAGCCGCCGCAGCUCCCCAGGCCAUCGCAGCUCGACGUCCAAUCCACUACCUCCACUUCCAGCCUCCUCACUGUCCAGAAACCCAGCUCCGCGGUGUCCGGAGGCUCUCAGAGGAGCCUGUCCUCGCAGCUGGAGGGCAGCCUGGGCCCCUCGCCCGCCGACAGCAACGGCAGCCGAGUGGUGUCCCCCUUUGCCAAGAUCAAGAGCUCCAUGGUCCAGGUGGCCAGCCUCACCCAGGCAGGACUCACCCAGGGCAUCAACUUUGCUGUGGCGAAGGUCCAGAAGAGCCCGGAACCGGACACCGUCAACGAGGCCCAGGAGAGCGAGCUGAAGGCAAUGUUUACACAGUGCCAGACCAGGAUCAUUCAGAUCUAGUGCUUUCCUUGUAGCAGGAUUUUGUAGUCAUAAGCCGUGUAGAAAACGUCCAGUACGGUAGCAGUAGCAAAAGCUUGCACAUGGCGUCACUACUCGGCCAAGUAACGCGCUCUUAAAUUUACCCUUUAGUUGAAAAUUCCCAUGUGAAUGAUGUACAGAGUCUAUAAAAUAUAUAUAUUCAAACCUGGUGAGACGGUGACCAUGUUUACAUGCACAUGACCGCAGACAACAGGGACGUGGAGGUCUGAGGCUCUGGUUCUUAUCAGACGUUCAGCUCACAUCCCUUUGUCCUGAGAGGUGGGGAAGUUUGGAAAUUGCAAUAAUGGUGAUGUUAGAUUUUUAAUGUAAAUGAACCAGAACUUUAGAAUGAGUAUAUAAAUGGUAUAUACAAAAUGUUAAAAGGGCAGUAUGGGACAUUUGCACGCGUUCUGUACUUAGAUGAUGGUAAUGUGCUGGGAUUGAGCCGUUAGUUGGCGGUUCUGAGCUCAGUGGAGCUUAUAAUGUACAGGGUAGAAAACAAGGGAGACGUAGAAGAACUUCAGUUUGAGAGUAAGGCUUCUGUGGAAAAUCAGAUCCAGGUCCUCUUUGUAGAAAUCUGAGUACAGGCUUUUGUCAGAUAUCACAGAGACAGUUGAUGAUGAGCAUCUUUUAAAGUAAAUGAUCCAUUCGAUCAUUGGGAUCUAGUAAAUCUCAAAUUAUGACCCAUGUGUUCAUCCUCUGCUUCAGUUGGUGCCAGUGGUGAAUUUAACCAAAGAUGAUGGAACUAAACCGGGAAGAUUCUACCGCAGCUCUUUGACUAUUGAUCAAAACAAAACCCUAGCAUGUGGCUAAUUAGCUUAAACUUCCAACAUUACCCAAUGCUCUCCUAAACUGUACGAGUUUCUCACUUAAUUAGCUCUGCCCAAGAGCUGUUAAAGUCCUCUGGGUUGUUUUUCUAGUUCUGUAAACAAAUUAGACUUGUACGGGGUUUAGCACAGGAGGAAACAGCAGAUAUUCUGCAAAAUAGUGUCAGGAGAGAAGAAGAAACAAAACUAAAAUGACCAAAUCUCUGAAAAAGGAAACUCUUUGUAAGUAGAUGUGAGUCUACAUUCAUUCUUGCUGUUGACAGAACUAUAAAAACACAGAUAGAGGAAAGAAUCCUGCCACUGGUCGACCAGAUAAACUCCAAUAAUUAUCUUUUUCCCGCCUCGUUUUUUAUGGAUCUGCCCCAAAGUGAAGGGGUUUGAAGUUGGACCAUGCUCUGUGAAUAGCUUUGAGGUCAUAACACGUUACAUACAUUUAAAAAAAACAAAACUAGAGAAUAUUUCUAACCCAUGUGUCAAUGAAAACUUGUAGUUUAUGGAACAGAUUUCUACUGAUACGGUUUCCUACAAUGAAAGAGCAACGAAUCCUGUUUUUCCACAGCGGGUUUGCAGCAUAUUUCUGUGCAUGUAAACAUGUCGCCGUUAUUCUCGAACGCCCGCCACACUCGCACGUGAGGUCGACAAUAACGACCGACUGCGACGAAGGCCGGUCGACGAACGUUAGCUGCAUGUGAGCGACCAACCAGGAUCUACCAUGUACUGUACGUCAUCCCGUAUGUGCAGGUCACUUAUUGGCGUUUGUGAUAAUAGACCAGGUGUUGGAGGGUCCGACCAAAUCUCCUCUAUAACGCCCCCCCCCCCACAGAGGAAAACUACUCCGUGUUGAAUAUUACCCUUUGUAUAGCUAAGGCGACAUACUGUACGUAGUUAUUCUAUGUAAUAUCAAUGUUGUCAAGUGUAACAUAGAAGAUAUAACAGUCUAGAAGUUAUUACUACACAAGAGCUUAGUAAGAGUAUUCUGGUUGUCGAUAUGUACAGUGAGUAUUGUAUGUUUAUUAUCUGUUCCCUGAGUAGAGCCUUCCCUUCAGCUUUUGUAUUGGUGGUAGGGUGGCAUUAUAUUCCGAAAGCGCUGUCAUUAGAAAUCACUGAGGAACCAGGAGACGACUGGUUGGUUUUGAUAGAUUAAUACGUUAAGAUAACUCCUCCGCUAACGGUUGUUAGGGUUCUAAUCACGAGGGUUUGUUUUCAGCCGGCGUUUGACCUUCGACGUUGCAUGUUGCAAGGCGUGGAGAGUAGCAUAUAGUAGAUAUAUAUGCAAUCGCACCCAUUCGACGAUUAGAAACACUGAUGCUUUAUGCACUCCCCAAACUCAAAGCAUAUUUGCCUUAAACAGGGAACGAUAUGGGAUUAUGUAUAUCAGGUAUUUAUGGCAAAAUCUACCUUUUUAAGUCCGUUCAUACAUGUUACAUUCGCCGUACUGUGUAAAAGAUCUCGUUCAGGGUUACUGUGUGUCAUUAGGUUCAUCCUGGGAUAUUUCACUCCACCGGAGGCAGAAAGAUGAAAGACGUGGGCAGGUUUUAGACUCGCUCGUGGGUGGGGAUGUGUUACUGAAGGUGCAGCUGCUGGACUUUAUCGUCUGAGGGGGAAAAAAUCGGAUAUUACAAGAAUAAAGUCAUAAGAUUUCCACAGAUAAUGUAUUUGAAAAAGAAUAAGAUCAUUAUAUUAGAGGUAUAAAAACAGUUUUUGAGGGAAAAAGUUGGAUAUUGUGAGAGUAAAAGUGUAGUAUUAAGAGAAAAAGUCUCAAAAUUCAGAUAAAUUCACAAUACUAAAAGAAUAAAGUCGUGUUUUUUAUGGUUGACAUUUAUUAGUAGAAAUAAUGAGACGUAAUGGAACCAUAAGUCUGUGGGUUAAAGAGUUCAUAAAUGUAUGUAAUUCGUAAAACUAGUUUUAUUAGUAAAAAGGUAAAAAAAAAAACUCCCUCUGCUGCGUUUGGGUUCAACUGGGAAUUUUGACAACUCCCCUCAUAUUUUUAGUCUUGUUUUUCAUUAAAACUACAACUUUGUUUUCAUAACUUUCACCCUAAAAUACCCUUUUUUGUACAUUUUCCUUUAAACUUCUAUUGUUUUUUUAACUUUUUUCCCAAAAAUAUUAACACUUUAUCUUCAAAUAUUCUGACUUGUUUUCUCUGAAUUUUAUAACUCCAUUCUCCAAAUACAGACUUUUUUUCUGUCAGACUGCUGCAUUUGUUUUAUGCAUUUGCUUUUUCCUCAUGGAAAAUCCAAUGUUUUUUUUAAUAUUACAGCUGUUUUUCUCAAACUAUUACAACUUUUUUUCUUACUAUUAUGACUUUCUUUCAGUCUGCUGCAUUUGUGUUUUGACAUAUUGCAAUAUUUAGACUUUUUCCUGAUUUAAAAAUGCAGCAUUUCCUUUUAUUAUUAUUACAUUAUGGCUUACUAUUUUGUUUUUUGUUUGUUUUUUUUUUAUAAUAUUUUGACUUUUUUCAGAUCGGAGUGUUUUUUUCAGCUCAUGCGUUUUUCCUCAUAAAAAAUACAACCUAGUCAUAUUUUAGUGGAUUUCGUCUUUUAAUCUGUCUUUUUUUUUUUUUUAAUUAAAGACUUAUUGUAUAUAUUUUAUUCUCAUAUUUUUCUGAUUAUUCUUGACUUUAUUGUCCUUUUUUCUCUUAGUCUAUUGCAUUUAGUUCUGCUUGGAAUUUUUACAACUGCCAUAGAUAGUAUUGAGCCUUUUCCUUGUGAAAAAGACACUUUUUCUCUUAAUUUCAUGUCUUUUUUUCUAUAUUCUCAUUCAGCUUCAAUAAAUAUUUAGCCUUAUUUUUCUCUUACAAUGCUGCAUUUGUUUAGGUGGGAACUUGGAAAACUAGUAAUACUAAACCUUUUUUCUUGUUGGAAAAUCAAAACUUUGUCUUAAUAUUUUGACUUUUCACAAAUACUACUUCAUCCCUGUUUUAUUUUGAAAUUUCCCCUGAAAUAUUAUGCAAAACUGUUGUCUUAAAAUAUUGCAACUUAAGUCUUAAAAUAUUAUGCUUUAUUUUCUCUCAGGCUGCGUUCAGGUCAGCUGGGAUUUUUGACAACUGCCAUAAUAUUAUUUAGUCUUUUUUUUUUAGUUUUUCUUGCCAUGUUCGACUUUUUCACUCCAGAUUUUCUGACUUUAUUCUUCUAAUAUCACAUGUUUUUCUUUAAUCCUUGUGUUUCUUACACUCCUUCAUACGUCCGAGCUCCUUUAAACCUUUUGUCCUCCUGUUUUCCCUCAUGACUUUUCUCCCAGAAUCCCUCGCUGCACUGCCCUGAGGUCUGUAACACAGAGAUAGAGGCCCGUCCAGUUGAAUAAUGAUCUGAUCUGCCUGGAGUUGAAAUAUCCCACGAUAAAGGGUCACAUAUUCCAUGUUGCGUGUUUUAUUUUUAGCCUGUUUGCUCACCAGCAGAUAAGACGUGGGAUACUUGUAUAUUUCAUGGGACUAACUGUUAUUAGAUGGACUGUAGCCUCGGCUGCUGUAUUUUUCCGUCGUUGAACCUGCUGAUAGUGCGUGAUGCUGCCAAAGCUUUAAGGUGAUCUGUACGUUUUAUUGCAGAGGGUAAAAUGUGUGUGUGUUUUCUUUUCUUUCUUUUUUUUUUUUUUUAAUUUCCUGUAUAAACACUGAAGCAGUUCUCGCACAUAGAGCAGAAAAUCUGUCCUGAAGCGGUUGCGUAAAGCGAAAAAAAAAAAACAGAAAUCCUCAACAUUCCUGACAAAGAGUAAAUUCUCGAGUGUUUCCGUCUGGUUUUAUUUUAUAUGCAAUAUGAAAACGCCGUUCUAUUUGAUCCCGUAUCCGCUGGGUGAGACCUUUCCUCUUUUUUUUUUUCUCCUUUUUGUUUUUACACAAAGUGCUUUUGCAUCCACCUCUUCAUCGUUCGUCAUCGUCGUCAUCCUCCCGUUCAGACCCGACUAUCAUGUGACUCCAGGGUCUUAAAGCAUUUUAUUUGCACUGUUCAAGCACAUUUUGGUCAUGGAUUUUCCUCUCUACUAUGUGACUGUUGUCAUCUUUUUUUCCACGGUGUACUGAGAUUGUAUUGUAUAUUAAAGUAUCCUAUUUAUUCUUAUCCUCUUUGGGUGUGUUACUUGAUAACAAAGUGCACUGUACACUUUUUGUCUAGGAAGAUAUUCCAUUUGAAUAAAAAGUAUGUAAAAAGAA